AUGGCCGCUAUCGAGACUCGCUCGACACUCCUCUCGUUCGACAUCUCGGAGGAGACCGGGUUCAUUCCCCAGCGGCCUCCCCUAUCCUCCCUCCCGCCAUACUUCCGAGAGUGGGAAGGGCUGGUGGAUCAGCUGAGCGAGAAACUACAGAGGAAGGAGCUCCGACAGGCCGUCCACAGGCUCCCCGAGGUGGGGUUCAGCUCGGAGACGCUGCACAGCGACGAGGAGUGGCAGAGGGCUCUUGUUGUGUUGAGCAUGUUGUUCCAGGGCUACAUGUGGCAGGACGGGGAGGCCGGGCUUCCGAGCAAGAUGCCUGCCCUACUCUCCGUCCCUUUCCACCGAGUCACGGAGAAGAUCGGCGUCCCUCUCGUCGGAGUCUACACAGCAAGCGCUCUGUACAACUGGCACAUGUUGGACCCCGACAAGCCCAUGGAACUCGAUAACAUUCACGCCAACGUGACGUACACGGGUACAGAGGACGAGUCGUGGUUUUAUAUGGUGGCCGUGCAGGUGGAGCUGGAGGCAGUCCCAGCCCUCAAGGCCAUCUGGAAUGGUGUAAGUGCCAAAAAGGAAGGAGACACUGCGGCUCUGGUCGGCCAUUUGGCUGUCAUUGAGUCUGCCAUCACAGCCAUUCACCGUACCCUCAGGCGUAUGUCAGAGCGAUGCAAUCCCAAGGUUUUCUUUGUCGAUAUCAGGCCGUACUUUUCCGGUACAAAGGGGCUGAAUGUUUUCCCGGACGGAAUGAUAUACGAGGGAGUUGAUUCCAAGCCACGAAAGUAUUAUGGUUCCAGUGCAGGUCAAAGUUCAGCAAUUAGGGCUAUAGACGUAUUCAUUGGGGUGGAGCACACUGGGCCCAACGCUGAAUUCAUCAUAGCAAUGGAAGACUACAUGCCGCGCAAACAUCGUCAGUUUCUCCGACAUGUCGCUGAACAGCCGCCCCUUCGUCAGUAUGUCGUUGAGAGUCAAAACAAUGACUUGAUACAACAGUUCAACGCCACGGUAGAGGCGUUUGUGAGGUACCGCAGCUACCACAUCACUGUGGUGACUCGGUACAUUGUCAACCAGCGAGCUCACAGCGUGAACGCCAGUCUCGACAUGAAGGGAACAGGAGGAACUCACUUCAUGAAAGUGUAUGGAGGGUUCACAAUGGAGACUCUGAUGGCCACAGCAUUUGGUCAGGAUGUGGCUGUUCAGAGAGGAGAGGGGGACCAGGUCUCCAAGGCUGCUGACACUGUCUUCAGGGCAGCUGAGGAAGGAUCCGCCAUUUCCCUUGAGUUUCUAACAUUCAUUUUAUCAAGUUUUCCAUGGCUGGAACCACUGAUACUGAGAGCUUUCCGACAAUCAGAAGCAGGACAGGCUAUGAAACUGAUGCACACAGCUGCUAGUAAUCUUAUCAGGGCCAGAAUCGAAAGUGAACACCCUUCCAAGGUAAAAGACUUGCUUCAGCUGAUGAUAGAUGCAACCAUGGACGAGGAUAAUGGUGAUAAUCCUUCCGGGAAGAAACUGACAAGUGAGCAGAUUGCAGGGUUUUCUAUUGAUUUCUUCCUGGCUGGCUACGAGACCACAGCCACCACCCUGGGGUUUACCUCUUACCUCCUGGCAAUGAACACUCAUGUUCAGGAGAAGCUGAGAUUGAUGAAUACUUUGAGGAAAAUCCAGACCCAGCGUCACUGCUACAAGACAGUGACAGUUGGUGGAGUGACUAUUCCUAAGGGAGCUGAUGCAUUUUUUCCUCUCAACAUCAUCCACCACAUGCCGCAGUACUGGCCAGAUCCCUACAAAUUUGACCCGGAGAGGCAAGUAUCUACAACUAUCACACUAAUACGUACAUAG